AUGAAGAUCAGCAUUUUUUCUUCCUUUCUCGGCGUUCACUCAAGUGCGAAGGUUUCUGGAGUAAAAGGAAAAGAAGUCAGAUGCGAUGUUGAAAAUAUUCUUGCGGAAAUAUUCGAAAACGAAGGCGAUAGAAAAUCAGGAAUAAAGCGCCUUCUACGAGGCUAUAAAGUCAGGCCGGACAAGGAACACAAGAAUCCCUCUUCCUUCAGGCUGAAAAAGCAAGAAUUAAUAAAUUGGGAACCAAAAAAGGGGGCAGCAAUCGCGCAUGUGCGCUGUAUCUAUCAGCCGGACUUUAGAACAAAGAUAAAAUGCUUAGCAGAUGGCAGAGCAGUCCUUGAAGGAGAAAUACCAAAGUGUGAGCGAGGCUGCCAAGUCUCUCAGCUCGGACUUUUCUCCGAAAAUUCUUCUGAUGGAUCUUGCUCUGCACCAAUAUCUGGAAUCGAGCCUCAAGGAAGCCGCUGCAAAAGAAGAUGCAUCAAGAACUCAUCAAUAGAAACUUCAAAGCCGAUCUUCUGCGCGUGCAAUGACAAAUUUUGCAAAUACACAGUUGCUCAUCAGGGCAGAGACUUGCCCUUCAACCCUGAGCCGUUGAAUAAACUCUGCGAGGAAAAUCAAAACGAUGAACGACCUUCAGAACCUCGCCGGGGAAAAGAAAAGAUGCGAAGUCAUUCUGUUGGUUUCAGCAGUCACAUGCAACUUGAUGCCGUUUCGGGAAGUUUUACAGAAGAAAAAGAAAAAGAAUGCCGCUCGUAUUACACUGGUGAAUUCGACUCAGGGAGUGGUUCCGAAAUUGAAAUCUACCGAAAUACGACAAGAGAUACAGUUUUGGAAAUCAUGUUACAGGAUGCUGGAGCUUACGAGAUGGAGAAAGACUCGAUGAGCGGCUGGUUUAGGGAAGAUUUACUCGGUGAUCCGGUAGACGACAUAAACAGUCUUGCUUCAAAGGUUACACGAAAUUCUAACAGAUACAAUUUCCACGAAACACUUGGCGAGACAGGCGCGAAAAUCUCAGAUGAAGAAGAAGUUAUAAGCUUUACGCGGACAUUCUCCGAUAGAUAUUUCGAUUCUCCCGUUAAUUUUAAAUGCAGCUAUCAAAAGAAAACAAUUCUAUCUCGAGAAAGAGACAUAUAUCAUCAAAAUACUGUCGAGACAACAGAAAUCUGGAAAGACUUCCGAAUCGACUUCACUUCGCGUCCUCAAAGACUAGGAGACAGAAUCGGAGUCGGGAUACGGUGGAAUUCACCACCGAGUAAAGUUGACGUACGAUUCCAUCCUGUAACAUGCUUCGUUCCUGUUGGCGAAAGCAAAUUUCCUGUCGUAGAAAAUUCCUGCUACGCGGAGCCAGUUAAGACUUUUCCGUCUUCUGAUGUUCAAAUUUGGUCAAAAGAGAAAUUUUCGUUCUCCUUCCAGAGCUUUACUUUUAGCGACAGUACCGAGUUCGAGUUUACUGAGAAGGUAAUUUGCGACAUUGAAUUCUGCCUUGGUUCCAACUGCACCAUCAACACAUCCUGCCCGCGAUUUUAUACUUCGCCUCUUAGAGAGCUUAAGGAUGCAGUCGACGAUUCAAGAUAUGAGUACAAGUUGAUUUUCAUGACUGUUCCGCAUUGCAUGAAAUGCAAAAGUGUGAAGAAAAAGUUUUUAAAAUGGCCGCAACAGCAUGGAUACGAUAAUGUCAAAUACAUCGUAUUCUGCGCAGAGACUGUUUCAAAAGGACGUGAUUGGGUCGUCAACGCCGGGCCAAAGGAACUUGAAUAUGUUAACUUUCCUUACUGGCUUUACUGGAAAGGAGGACUAAAAGGAGAAGCGCUGUACAACAUGAGCUCUGGAAUCACAGCUCUUGCUGAAGAACGACUUUCAGAUCUCAUCACAGUGCGAGUGGAUACAGAAACUCAAAAACACUACGGAGGUGGUUCUUGCUACACUCGAAAAGCAGAGUAG